AUGAGAAUCCCGCGGAGUACCCUCACGGCCAACCAGGGCCGUUGUUUCGAAGCUUCCCAAGUUACAUCUCAUGUGACUCGCGGAGGCGAGAUAGCCAGUGCAAUUUUCAACAAGUGGGAUGAUGCUGAAGGGACCUGCAUCAACGUUUCCGAAGACGUUGGCCGACUCGAACACCCGCCGCCUCUCAAAGAGCUGCCCAGCCGGAAGGUACUCAAGCUGAUAUGUCUCCGUGAGGCAUGGAAACGAGGCCUUAUUGACCCUGGACACCAUGUCCAAGAAAUUCGGAAGUUGGGAAGUGAACAAUAUGCCUUGCAGCUCCUCGAGAGCAUGGAAAAGACACUCGAGCUGUCCCCAGAACCUAGCCGCAAUCUCGAAGAACGUAUUGAUCUCACCAAACAGCGUCUCCGUCUUCUACAAUGUCCGCAAGAUAAGUGGCCAAAUCACAACGAGCCAAAAUUCAGCGUCUGGGGUGGCUUGGUAGUACUGGAACACUACGAAACGCAUGAAUCCAAUUUCUUGGACUGGCCCUUAAAGUAUCUUGACAGCCACGCGUUGAUCUUCACUGCACAAGCAUUCGGCCGCCUUGGAUACAUGUUUCCAUCCAACAUAGAUCUUGAUAAGGUUUCAAGCUUUUUCAAUGUUCUUAUCUGCAUUCACCAAGACAGCCUUGCGCAUGCUGCUACCAGAAGGCUGAAUUUGACCAUGAACCCCAAUUCAUGCAACCAAUGGCUGGUAGAAGCUCUUGGCCUUUGUUCCAGAUCAGACUACCAAAGAUAUAUCCCCAAGAUUGUUGGCUUGAAUUUGCAAUUCGGUAGCGAGUUUGGCCUUAACAGCGAUAGGAUCCUUUGGUUGCCGCCAGCCCCUGAAGCCAGGAGUAAAGACCAAAUCUUCAAAACCACUUGUGUAGGAACGCGUGAAGCGUCCAGUACCUUGUUGAGAGAUUAUAGGGAGCUUGAAGGAGAACACCAUCUCCUGAAAGUCCCUGAUGAUUUUUCGUUCUGGAGCUUUGUUCGUCGACUUCAAGAUUUCCCCCAAACGACAACAAGCAUUGUAGACUGGCCAAAUCGCAACGCUGGUGUCGCAGCCAUCCGAUAUAUCAUUGAGUGCUACCACGCUUUGGGAUACCAGGCUUCAGUGAAAGAUGUAUUGGUGGAUGAUCCAAUAAGGGUACUGUCCAACAUUUACUUCAUGUCUGCUCAGAAGUCGGCAGCACACGGCCGAUAUGACCAACUCAAGACUCCGCCAUCCUCAGAAUGCGGGGGUAUAAUUGAAGAGACCUCCGAUCUGGAGCAAUCAAUUACCGGAACUCCUCCAGAGGAACGAGGGGUUCAGACUGCAGACGACUUGACCUUGUGCGAAUAUGGACACAACAGAGUUGCGACAUGUGCGAAUUUGACCUCCAUUAGCUUGGACUCCUGGAGAAACAGGAGAGAUUCCCACCAAGGCGAUGAUGUUGACCUUGCUGCUCUGCUACGAGCCUGCCACCUCUUAUUUCGCGCAGAGGAAGACGAGGCUAGGCGUGGCAGGAGGAAGGCUGAGCCAUGUAUAAAAUGCACCUGGGAAGAUGGUAUCGAGAACCAGCACGGCGUAGAAUGGGCCAUUUCACAAACCGAAUCACUGCUGUCGAUGAGCCAUUUGCCUGAUCAUACGCUAUAUCACCGGAUGGCGGCCUGCGAGGAAAAACUGAAUGUUCAGAACCUCUCAAAACUGAAGCCUGACUGUUUGUUUAAAUCUAUCAGACAGGUCAUUACCGUAUUGAAUUUCACCCAUCGUUUCCGCUUAAAAGAGAAGGAUGAAUCUGAUGUAUAUGAGGAUGCCCAGGCGCAGACUCUCUUUGCUGUUUCUUGCCUCUCAGAGUUGAACCGUAGCCCUCCAGAAGACUUGCAGUCUCGGCUUCUUGAGAUCUUCAACAAAAUCAUAGUUGAGAACGACCGUCAAACCAGACAGUGGAUACAAAACUGGCCGAUCAACGACGUCCCUACAAGUGGACUUGUGCCGCUCGAUAUAGGAGACUCUCAGGAGCAUGAGGAUAGAUUGUCAGGGAAGAAGAAAGCAGUUCCCCUGGCAUUUUUCAGCAUUGGCCUACUCCCACUGGGUGCUGCUGUGGCCCGGUUGGCCCUCUUGAUUACUGGGCUCAAAAAGCCUGGUAAGUCAUUCCUGUUGGCUCAGGGAACGGUCUUCUUGAGAUCAGCUUCGUCAUCACCUUCGGUUCAGUACCAAAUUUUCGCAAAUCCAUCGAGCACUACGUGCCUAGGGUAUUCGAAAACUCACACCCUCUGA